AUGUCGGGCCCCAACGGGGACCUGGGCAUGCCGGUGGAGGCGAGUGCAGAAGGCGAGGAAGACAGCUUUGGAGAAGCAGAAUAUGCUGCCAUCAACUCUAUGUUGGACCAAAUCAACUCUUGUUUGGACCACCUGAAGGAAAAGAACGACCACCUCCACGCCCGUCUCCCGGAGCUGCUUGAGUCCAACCGGCAAACACGCCUAGAGUUCCAGCAGCAGCAUGGGGAGGCCUCCAGCGAUGCCACCCACUAG